UCCAUCCAUCGAUCAUGCUUGUAAGAAAAUUCGGUGUGUCUUAGGCCCACCCCACCACCCACUGCAUCUGCAUGCCCUUCUUCUUCUCCUCCUUCUUCUUCUUCUUCUUCAACAAUUAAGGGUUUCUAUUUUUGCUGUUUGCAGCUAUAUUCAGUCCAUCUCCUUCUACUUCUUAUCUUCCCUGCGGUUCCUCUGCCUACAGUUCUGAGCGAUUACUGCCUGCCAUGGGAGGAGGCUCUCCAGUCCCUCUCUCAGAACAACUUUUUUCAUCAAAAAAGCCCCAGCCACAGUUGCAGUAAUUUACCAGAAACAUUUUGUGCCUCCCUCUGCAGAAAAAAAUAAAAAAAAGUAGAGAGAGAUCAGAUCAAUCGCAGCUAGCUGCAGUAAUUGCUGCUGCUGCUGCUUCCAAAGAUCUUCACCCCCCUCUCUCUCCUCUCAAUCUUCAUAUUCUUCUGCUCUAAUGAACAAUUUCAGAGGUCCCACCUUUUGGCUUCUGGAUUUUUGGAUUUGCCUCACUUAACAACAACGACUAUCUAUCUCUUGGAUGUUCUUCGAGAUUUGGGCUGUGUUUGUUCUGGGGAUGGAUUGAGACGUACAAUCAGUUUUGGAAUUUUGGGGAUUGUUUAAUUUCUUCUUGUUCUUGUUUUGGGAAUUAAUUAAUUUGAUCGAUCGGAGAAGGAGUAGUAGUUGAAUCGGCAGGCAGUUGUGGCUACUACAAGAAGGUUGCUUUCCGAUUCCGGCGGCUUCGCCGAUUGGGUCGCGGCGUCGUCUUCCUCCUCCUCCGCCGGAGACCUGUCGUUAGGGUUCAAUGCUGGAGCCGCCGCCGCCAAUAAUGGCCAGGCUGUUGGCGGAAUGUGGCCUAAUGCUGCGGCUCCCACGAGGCACGUUAACUGCGGAUUGCCGCCGGAGUUUUUCUUCGUGGCGCCGGCGUCGUCUUUCCAGCACCAUCAUCCGGCGGAAGCCGCGGCGGCGAUUAAUUUCGAUCCGCAUUCGUUGAACGCGUCGAAUACCAUCGGCGUCGGCGUCGGCGUUGGCGUGAUUCCUCUCCUCGCCACCGCGCCGACCAUCGGCGCCGGAGCAGAUGAAGACCUGCGAAAUCGCGGCGGCGGCAUGCAGCUGUGGCAGCAUCAGCAGGUAGAGAAUUCUGGUAAAAAACCUACCAUCGCCGAUCACACGAAUCUCCUUCGGAACGCCGCAAUCGGCGGCGGCGGCGGAAGCAUCGGAAUCGGAGGACCGUCUUCGUCGUCUUCGUCCGUGAUCGGAGCCGCCACGUGUCAGGAUUGCGGCAACCAAGCGAAGAAAGAUUGCCCCCACCGGCGAUGCCGAACGUGCUGCAAAAGCCGCGGCUACGACUGCUCCACGCACGUGAAAAGCACGUGGGUUCCCGCCGCCCGGCGCCGCGAGCGCCAGCUUAUCACCGGCUCGUCACAGUCCACUUCCGGCGCCAAAAAACCCAAGCUCGCCGGUGCUGCUGCCGCCUCCCAUAAUACUUCUACCUCCACCACCGCCACUCCGCCUAGAAGCUUCGACACAACUUCCAGCCAUCAAGAAAUCAUAAGCUUCAAAGACACACAGCUUCCCCAGCAAGUCCGCGCGCCGGCGGUGUUCAAUUGCGUGAAAGUGACGGCUCUCCACGACGGCGACGACGAGUACGCUUACCAGGCGGCGGUCCGAAUCGGCGGCCAUAUCUUCAAAGGCUUCUUAUACGAUCAAGGGUUUGAAGAAGAAGGAAGAUCCCAAGGGUUUCCAGACAUGUCCGACCUGCAAUUAGGGGGCGCCAGAAACCAUGGAUCUUCGUCAACACCACCAAUACUCAAUAAUCCAUCUGAAAUCUACGCCACCGCCGCCGCCGCCUCGGGAGUCGUCGGAAUGCUCGCCGGAUCAGAUUACGGCAACGGAAUAAAUUGAGGUGAAAAUCGAAAAUUAGAUUUUUGAUAAUUGAUUACCAGACCAGACAUGUUUUGAUGACAACUGUUGCCCAACAGAAACAGUUCCUUGAAAAUUCUUUCGGGUUUGGAUUUGGGCAUUGCCAUUGCUAACCCUUUUUGUCCUCAGCCAUGGCUGCAGCAGCUAGCUAGCUAGCUCUUGGCUCUAUGCAUUGCAGGACAGAAUAUAUAUAUAUAUCUAUAUAGAUCAUCAUCAUCAUCAUUUUGCCAAAAGGGUAAAAAGAGGGUGACUUUCCUUUUCAGUAAUUCUCUUAUUAUUUAGGUAUAUUGUUUAUGUAUUUAUAUCACCAUAUCUGUAUGUAUGUAUGUUUAAUUGUAUCCAUUUCAUUGUGCUACAGCUACACAUUUGCAAGUAACUUGGGAUAUAUAUAUAGAGAGACAUAGCAAGAACAAGAAGCUUAAGGGUAUGUUUCUUUUGUCCAAAAAAACUAUAGUGUGUUUAGCUCUGAGAUUCAGUUUUGGGUUUUGAUUUUGAAUUGAAAUGGUUAUUUGAUGUGAUAUAAAUAUGUGUUGAUGUGAUAUUUUUUUAGGGGAAAAAAAAAGUUGUAAUAGUAAAAUCAGGUGUAAAACCUGACAAGUAAACAUACAUUUUUUGAAAAAAAUAUAUUUUUUCAUCUCAAAACAUUCUAUUAUAUAUUAUUU